AUGGGGUUGGGGUUCAGGAGAUCAAGAUCCAGAUUAUCCACCGCAUUCACGUGGUGCAUUCUCAUAGCAUCAGCCUGUGUUCCAACCACCACAUCAGCAGCCCGGUUUGAGGUAAGAAAUGAGAUCACCAAAUACCCAGGACGAAACAGACACCUCACGAUUCAAUGUUGGUCAUCUACCAACGAUCUAGGCUACCAUCCUAUCAACCCAGGAGAAUCCAAAAGCUGGUCGUUCAAGCCAGUAUACAUCAAGAUACCGUUCAUCUACACGUACUUUCAGUGCAAGUUCUACACCGCUUUUGGCUCGCCUGAUGGUCAGACCGUAACUGUUUUUGCUGGUGAGAGAAAAUUCAGGUGGCAAUGCGAUAAUCUGGAGGAAGAGUGCAUUUGGGUGGUGAAGAGAAAAGGGUUAUAUCUAAGGAAGAUCACAAGAGACGAUAAAGGCCAAAGGCUUUAUGAAGACGAAUUGAGACAGUCUUGGAUUGGUGGUACUAACUACUUCCCGGUUCAUGAAUAA